AUGCAUGUGUUUAACGAGUUUCAUUAUAUUUACGUUCUCCUCUCCAACCGCUCCUCCGACCGCCGCCUCUCAAAGUAUCAACUACUCCACACUAUCAGUACCCACAAGGCCACAAAGGAGCUGACGACAACGCCUUCAACAGCGCUUACCAUCGCGAAGACACGAACAACAACAACACAACAACAAAAUCGGUGUCUCGCUCUCAAAACGAACAUUACCACGCUUGGACCGCUAGUCCUACCAAUGUCCGAACAACUUCUAACUUUUGCGACACUCGCGGCUCGAAGAGUGUUUAAAGUCAACAGAAUCAAGCCUUAUGUUUCUGACAUCAAGCUAGCUCUCGAGCAUUUUUGCAUCCACGCAGGAGGAAGAGCGGUGCUCGAUGAGAUUCAGAAAAAUUUGGAUCUUUCCGAGUGGCAGAUGGAGCCAUCGAGGAUGACUUUGAACAGGUUUGGGAACACUUCGAGUAGCUCGGUUUGGUAUGAGCUUGGUUAUAGUGAAGCUAAAGGAAGGAUUAAGAGAGGAGGUAAGACUUGGCAGAUUGGUUUUGGGUCAGGUUUCAAGUGUAAUAGUGCGGUUUGUAGAGCUUUGAGAAGUAUUGAUCCCUCCAAGGAGAAGACUAAUAAUCCAUGGAUCGAUGAGAUUCAUGAGUUUCCCGUUACGGUUCCGAGGAUAUCGUCAUCCUCGUCGGAAUCUCGAUCGGUAAAAGCUUCAUGUGUGUUAAAAGGGCAUUACGUUCAGACCGAAACGUCAUUUGUUAUUACACAUCAAGAGAGAGUAUACUAUUAA